AUGGCGAGAGUGAAGACAGCGACGAGGCCGAAAGUGAAGUCAGCGACGAAGCCGAAAGCGAAGCGCGCGACGACCGGCAGGAAGGCGCCCAAGGCUCCGGCAUCGAGCUACAGGGCGAACUCCGUAGUCAGAGGGCUGGACGGCAGGAGCUGGGUGGUGAAGAAGCGGGAGGACGGCGCCAAGGCCUGGUACCGCCACGGGACCGCACCGACCCGCAUCUCCUCGAAGGGGCGCAACGCGCCUCCGUACCCCGCGACCAGGUUCCCCAUCGGGACGCAGAAGAGGGGCGGCAACGGCUGCAUGUACGGCGUACACAAGUUCCGCAAGGUCCCCCGGUGGACCAUGCUCACCGGCGGCCCCAAGUGCGGCAAGUGGUCUCCGAACAGAAGGCAGGCUCCCGGGGCCAGCGCCAAGGCCGUUGCGGUCGGCACCGUCGCGACGGGACGGAACGGCCAUAAAUGGAAGGUCGUCAAGAACGUCAACGGCGAGAAGUCGUGGCGCCAGCUCCCCAAGUUCGGCGCGUAG